AUGCUUAACCCCACCACCAUUGCUCAUGCUGCAAACUUAUUAAAACUACACAAAGCUUCUCUUCCUCCACCACCAAAGACCAACCUUCAUUUACCAUCUUUCACAAAAAACCACGGUAUCUUGAACAAACCGACCAUAUCACCAUCCUCAUCUCCUUCUACUACUCCUAUAGGAUUUCCAAAUACCAAUCAACGAGAGACUUUAAUACGACCAGCUCGUACUUACUCUGCUCUUGAAAUGGCUAAAUGUAGAGCUAAGGGGCUUCUCGAUGAUGAUGAUGAUAACCACCUUUACGACGAGUCUGUGGAAGGAGAAACUGGGCUUGUCGGUGAGACUGGGCUUGCCGGUGUCGAAUUACCAACAGAUGCAAACGACGAAGAUGAACUAGAAGGAGAAAAAUUCGCGGUUGACGGGGGACAAGCCAUGUCCGGAGGACAAGCCAUGUCACCUUCUUUCACUUCUAUACUAUGUUCUUCUUCUCCACAGUCGAGUAUUUUCUCUUUUACACCAGUUUGA